AGAAGAAAACUGUGCGGACAGAGAAAAGUGUACGAGAAAAAAACUGUCCGAGAGAAAGAGCGUGGAAAGCUGAGCGCGGUCGCCCCCCCCCCCCUUCUCCUGCUCCUUGUGUCCCUCCCUCCUCUUCCUCGUGAUGAAGCUGAAAGAGGACAUCCCCCCGCUGUUGCUGCAGGUCUUCCGUUCGGUGGUGUGGGUCUACUCCGUCAUCACCUUCAUACCCUGGUACCUUCUCUCCGGCGCCGCCGCCAACCAGGAGCGGGCCAAGCGGGUCAAGGCGCGGUCGGCGAGCGGCCGCCCCGCGGGUCCGUACCGGGCGGUGAACGCCCAGAACCGGCUGGUGUCGCUCCUGCAUGAGGGCGUGGACACGCUGGACAAGGUCUUUGAGUAUGCGGUCCAGCAUUUCCCCGAGAGAGACUGCCUGGGAACCAGAGAGGUCCUGAGUGAGGAAGACGAGAUCCAACCCAACGGCAAAGUCUUUAAGAAGGUGAUUCUGGGCGAGUAUAACUGGUUGUCCUAUCAGAGUACCUUUGACGCGUGUCGGUGUUUUGGCAGUGGGCUGGCGGCCCUGGGGCAGAAACCUCUGUGUAACAUCGCCAUCUUCUGUGAGACUCGCGCAGAAUGGAUCAUCUCAGCUCAGGCCUGCUUCAUGUACAACUUCCCCCUGGUGACGCUGUACUCGACACUAGGGGGCGCUGCCAUUGCUCACGGUCUGAAUGAGACAGAGGUGACUCACAUCAUCACCAGUAAAGACUUACUGCAGAGCAGACUCAAGGCCAUUCUGUUGGAGGUUCCCAGACUUCAGCACAUUAUCGUGGUGGACAGUAAACCCACAGCCUGGACAGACCUGCCCCGUGGCAUCAUGGUCCAUAACAUGGCCUCUGUGCAGGAGCUGGGGGCAAAGCCUGAGAACAUGUCGUUGCCACGGCAACAUCCUCAGCCCUCCGACAUCGCAGUGAUCAUGUACACGAGUGGCUCGACAGGCAUCCCCAAAGGAGUCAUGAUCUCCCAUAGCAACCUCAUCGCUGGGAUCACCGGCAUGGCCGAACGCAUCCCAAACCUCGAUGAGAAUGACACUUAUAUUGGGUACCUGCCAUUGGCUCACGUCCUGGAGCUCAGCGCAGAGUUGGUGUGUGUGUCUCACGGCUGUCGGAUCGGAUACUCCUCUCCACAGACACUGGCUGACCAGUCAACCAAGAUUAAGAGGGGCAGUAAAGGAGACACAAGUGUCCUGAAGCCAACACUGAUGGCAGCAGUGCCAGAGAUCAUGGAUCGUAUAUAUAAAAACGUGAUGUCCAAAGUGCAGGAAAUGAAUGGGUUUCAGAGGACUCUGUUUGUGUUGGCCUAUAACUACAAACUGGAACAGAUCACCAAGGGCUACAGCACGCCACUGUGUGACAGGCUGGUGUUUCACAAGGUGCGUUCGUUGUUGGGCGGGAACACGCGCGUGUUGCUGUCGGGCGGGGCUCCUCUCUCCGCGGCCACCCAGCGGUUUAUGAACAUCUGUUUCUGCUGCCCGGUGGGGCAGGGCUACGGCCUGACAGAGACAUGCGGCGCCGGGACCAUCAGCGAACUGUGGGACUACAGCACAGGGCGGGUAGGAGCACCACUGGUCUGCUCCGAGAUCACGCUGAAGGACUGGGAGGAAGGUGGGUAUUAUAGCACAGACACACCAAACCCUCGGGGAGAGAUCCUGAUUGGUGGGCCCAAUGUCACUAUGGGCUACUAUAAAAAUGAGGCAAGGAACCGCGAGGACUUUUUUGUGGAUCAGACCGGGCAGCGGUGGUUCUGUACCGGAGACAUCGGCGAGUUCCACCCUGAUGGAUGCCUCAAAAUCAUUGACCGUAAAAAGGACCUGGUGAAGCUGCAGGCUGGUGAAUAUGUCUCUCUGGGGAAAGUGGAGGCAGCUCUGAAAAACUGUCCUCUCAUCGACAACAUCUGUGCCUACGCCAACAGUGAUCAGUCAUAUGUGAUUGGCUUCGUGGUGCCCAAUCAGAAGCAGCUGAUGUCGCUGGCAGAGCAGUGUGGGGUCAGAGGAUCAUGGGAAGAGAUCUGUAACAACCCCGAUAUGGAGAAAGAGGUUCUUCGCACUAUCACAGAGACUGCCGUCACAGCCAAGCUGGAGCGCUUCGAGAUUCCAAAGAAGAUCCGUCUGAGCGCGGAGCCCUGGACCCCAGAGACGGGCCUGGUGACGGACGCCUUCAAACUCAAACGCAAGGAGCUGAAGAACCACUACCUGGAUGACAUCGAGAGGAUGUACGGAGGAAAGUAACGCGCGAGGAGGUGAGGGGAACGGGAGGGGAGAUUUCCCCCCCACCCCUGACCCCUCGUGGAAAGUCGUUCCCUUUCAGCUCCGAUCAAAUGCAAAAAAACACUUGAAUCCUCUUCAGAAUAUGAGAGUAUGAAUUUCAACGUCUGACCAAAUACAUUGUAGCCAGAAGCAGAAGGAGAAUGAGGUGGGGGCCAGUCUGGACAGAUGUGUGACAC